CGGACGAGGUCGUCCUGGGGCGUCCCGUGGGAGGCUCCCAAUCCGUGCGGGACGCACCCGGCUCAUUCCAGUUUUGGGAGGCAUUUCGGCGGAGCGGCUGGCCGGAUCCCACAGACUCAGGCGCCCCCGCUCAUGGCCCCCCCGGCAUCGCGGCGCGCGGGAUCCGCGGCUGCCUGGGGCUUCUUUCUGCUUGGUAAGACAAGCCUGCCCGGCCGGAGCGGCAACGGAAGCUCCGGCUGGGCCGCCUCGCUGCGGACCCCGAUCCUGGACCCUGAUCCCGGCCUCCUGGAAGUCGCCGCCUCUAGGCCGUCCCCUGAAGCGGUUGCGGACCCCGGCCAACACGCCCGGGGCUGUCCAGAGCGGCGGCGGCGUCACCGACGAGUUGCUGCAUGUCGGAGCAGCGACCUGUUCGGCAGCGCCCUUCCCAGCUGCGGAAUUCGCGCUGGUUCACUCGGCGCAGAUUGGGCAGCGCCCACCUCCAGGAAGCGCCGCCGCUCUGCGCUUCCUUCGGUAGGCUGCCUCCGGGCAUUCCCUUGCAGCGGCAUUCAUCUUCUGCUUCUUUCUGCAGCGCUCGGGCUGGUGGCAGCGAUGGAAACGUUCACCUCUGGCACCCUGGAAGCGUUGAACGGGACCGACGUGCGCUUGAAGUGUACCUUCCGCAGUCCAGUCCCGGUGGGGCCGAAGCUGACGGUUUCCUGGUCCUUCCAGUCCGAGCUGAAGGAGUCCCUGGAGACGGUGCUCUACUACAAUCACUGGGCUUACCCCUCCAAAUCAGGCCGCUUCCUAGGCAGAAUCACCUGGGAUGGCAACGUACACAAAGACGACGCUUCAGUUAUGCUCCACAAUGUGAGCCCCAAGGACAACGGGACUUUCCAGUGCCAUGUGAAGAACCCACCUGACGUGGAUGGUGUCAUUGGCGAGAUCCAGCUGAGUGUUGUGUUGAAAAGGAACUUCUCAGAGGUGCAUAUUUUGAUCCUCACCAUUGGCAUUUCCUGUGUAGUAAUGGUCAUCCUUGUUGUGGUCAUGGUGAUCUGGCGUCAUUGGCGAAGGAUGCACCAAGACAAGACAAGGGAGGUGGGCAGGUCAGAGCAAUUGAAGCUGAAGGAAAGUGGAGAGGAAAAGGACACUCCUCUGCCAGGACAGGGGACCCGUCGGUCUUGAUCCACCCAUGGACGCUGUGGCCUGCUGGAGCAGAUAUGGCAAAGGUGCUUCUGCUCUGGCCUUGAAGGAGAAGACCUGCACAUAGAGAGCCUGCAGGAGACAAAACCUCACCUUCUGCCUACGUGACACCAAGGGUCUGCCUAGCCAGCCUUCUCCAUAUGCCUGAAGCAGCAGCCCUCCCCUGCCCACCUUGAGUAUGGGUUGCCUUUGACUUGGUGACUGAAGACCUCAGGGCCACUGGCCACCUAGUUGGGGUCAGCAGAAGAUCUGGUCAAGACAGACCGGCCAGGCGAAAGGGAAUGGGAAAUCGCUUUGCCAACUGUCCUGCUCUCUUUCUUGGGCCAAAGCCCAGGUAAAUGGCUAAGGGGGAGCCCCCAACCACUUAGAAAAGGGCCUCCUCUUCAAAUAGGAUCAAGCUCGUUUCUAUGGCCUGGCCUGCCUGGAGUAGCAGGAACCUUGCCUGAUUCUGUGCAGGCAGAGGGUCUCUGAAAGUGAGUGAGGAACCGGUUCCUGCUAGGGGCAGCGAUUCUGUCUCCUUUACGGUCCACAAAUCUUCUCCUUAAAACCAGGGCUUGCUUCCUCCUUUAGGAAGAUUUAAGAGCCCUGGAGAAAAAAAAAUUCUGACCACUGAGCCCCUUUUAUGGAACACCACUAUAGCAACCCUGCCAACAACUACCUCUAAAACUCAACAAGCUUCAGAUAUUAGAGGACUGUCUGCUGGAUUUCUUAUGGGCUAUCCUUCCAUAUCCUUAAGUGACACACUUUCAUACACUAAUUUAUUUAAAGCAUCUUGUUAAAUUUUGUAUGCAAAUGGAAUAUUUUACAAUAAAGGUACAAUUGCCUGGGAUUAAAA